AUGUUGUUUGCCUCUUCGCAUAGAAAACGAAUUUGCUGCGUUCCAUUCCACCGAACAGCAAAACAGGUCCCGAUUGAAAGGGAAAAGAUUAGGCUCUAUUAUUCUUUGAUGGGGAAAGGAACAAAAGGCAAGUCUGGCUCUCACCAGAUACUCAAAGACAGGGCCAAAAACCGUGUAGAGGACCUCCAUGGCAUGUUUACAGAUCUUCAAUCCGCAAGAAAAGAGAGUCGUGGUAUUGACGUGGCAGUCCUUGAAGAACAAGUCAACCAAAUGCUUAAAGAAUGGAAGAAUGAACUCAAUGAACCUUCACCUGCUUCUUCUUUACAACAGGGUGCAAGUUUUGGGCUUUCUUCCCCAGACAUAAGUAAACUGUUACAACUUUGUGAGGAGGAAGAUGAUGCAACUAGUGGGCUAGCUGCCCCAAAACCUGACCCUGAUGCCCUUGAAACUGGUGAAAAUGCUGCCUUUUUUCACAAUAAAGAACAAGAGUCAAAGUCAACGGGUCAAAGCAAAGGGUCUCCUUCAGGGAAUGAAAUUGAAAGGGAAUUGGAUUAUUUUUCAUUUGAUGAUAAUAAUAAUAUUAUUCAGGAGGGAAAUGAUGAUCUACUUCCAAUGAUGAGCUUUCUACCGAAUAUCAGCCCUCCACCUUCUGCUUUCUUAGGGCCAAAAUGUUCUCUUUGGGACUGCCCGAGGCCUGCCCAGGGGUGGUGCCCGGACUAUUGCAGCAGCUUGCAUGCUGCAGUUGCUCAGACGGAAGGCUGCCCGGGAAUGAAACCGGUCAUCCGACCGAAAGGGAUUGAGUUGAAGGAUAAUUUGCUUUUUGCUGCCCUGACUGCCAAGUCACAGGGAAAGAAUGUUGGUGUGCCCGAAUGUCAGGGGGCAGCUACUGCCAAAUCCCCAUGGAAUGCUCCUGAGCUCUUCGACAUCGCGGUUUUCGAGGGUGAAACAGUCCGCGAGUGGCUAUUUUUCGAUAAGCCACGGCGGGCUUUCGAGAGCGGAAACCGAAAACAACGAUCACUCCCCGAUUACAACGGACGCGGUUGGCACGAAUCCCGAAAACAAGUAAUCAAUGAUUCCGGAUGGCUAAAAAGGUCAUAUUACAUGGACCCACAACCCAUGAAAUCUCUCGAAUGGCAUCUUUUCGAAUACCAAAUCACCAAAUGUGACGAUUGUGCCCUUUAUAGACUCGAACUCAAACUCGUUCACGGGAAAAAAGGUACGAAAGGAAAAACGGAUUCCGUCUCCGAUCUUCAAAAACAAAUGAAAUCUCUCACCGCCGAGGUUCAACCGGAGGGUAGAAAUAAACAGGCGGUUAAUGGCGGUGCAACCACUCCACCACCACAUCACGGUGGCUACCGCCAGACGUGA